AUGGUUCCUAAAGACCCAAAUUUUUCAAAUAAAUUUGUUGUAGCAAGUAAAAUUUUUGUUUCAGUCAUUCCUGACUCUAAUACCUUGAUUCCAGAGAAGUUGGCUUCUACCGCUCAAUCAGAAGUCCCAUCCAAUGUUUAUUUGUUGGAUACGCCCGAAGAUGAUGGAUCUUGGUUUAAGUAUAUGAAGGUGGCUAAAACACCAGAGCUGUUUGAGGAGGCCUGUUCUAUCUACCCUAAAUACUGGAAGGUUUACUAUCGUCACGCGCUGUACUAUAUUUACAACCGGGAUUCUUCAAAGGCUUUCGAAGUGUUCAACGAGGCUCUAAAAUCAUAUUUGGUAUUUCUGUACCAUACGGCCUCUAUCCACGAGUACAUUGGAUCGCUCGUCAACGCGAUAGAAAAGGCUGGAUUUGAUUACCGAUCAGACACGUUGUGGACGGAGUGGGCCAUAAUGCUAGUUAAGAUUUACAAUUGUAACUUAUUGGCACUUGGAAUGACCUCAGGGCUGCUUCCGGAUAUAUUUGCACAGGACCAAAACUUGUUGAAAACGCCGCUGGUGCCGAGUGAGACAGAGCAGCUUGUAUUUAGAUCUGCUAACUCACUUGACCCGUCAAAUAGAACGUACUUGGAAAUGUACGGAGAGUUAAACUCUCUGAGGAAUCUGUUCCACAGGUGGUUGAGGACGCCGACAAAUAAUAUGAGGGCACUGUGGGACUCGUAUUCAAUUUUUGAGAACACAGUUGACUCGACGGGGACUUUGUCCUCGAAGCUCCUGGGUGAGAUGAAGACAGUGAUUAACUUGACGAUGCGUUCGUACGAGAGAAUAACGGAGCUCUAUUCAAAGGUGUAUCCCAUUAAGCCUGCGUCGUACGAGGGAACGAUGUCAUCCCAGGAAAACGUCUCGGAGGCAGUGGGAUACUGGAUGGAGAUAAUCAUGUUCGAGGAGAGUAAUCCAAUGGAGGUGGACAAUGAGUUGGUGGUAGAAAGAGUAGUGUAUAACUUUGAGAGGGCCUUGUGCCCACUGGUGUUCUGCAGAGAGAUGUGGUACAGGUACUUCCAGUACCUGCUCUUCACAGACAAAAGGGAACAAGCAAUAUCGAAAAUAAAAAUGGCACUGGGCACGUACCUGAAGGAGGACGAUAAACUGCGCUUCGUACUGGCGCUGUAUUUGCAGGAGUCGGGGGAAGUCGACAAGGCACACGAAGAGUUUGCAAGUCUCGUGGCGCCAGGACUUAAGUCCUCAGAGCUCGACAGCGAGGUUAAGGAGGAGGUUAAGCUGCGAAGCCUGCUAGAGUGCAAGGACUACCUGGCCUACGAAAAGUCGGAGCUCGACGGAAUCGUGCACUACCUGAACUUCGUGAGGCGCGAAAUGGGAAACAGCGCCUGGAGAGAGCACGUGCAGCUAAUUCUGGCGAAGUCGGACCUGAACUCCUGGGAGCUCUACUGGUACGCAGCGAGCACGGAGCUGCGCUGCUUCAGAGACCACGACAGAGCAGUGCAGAUCCUGAAGCAGGCGCAGAGCAAGAUGGCGUUCAACUUCAAGUACAUGCUGCUCUUCUUCAACACGCUGCUGAACGUCGGAAAGCACAACGACGUGCGCAUACUGAUCUCGCAGCUCAUCGUCGGGUCCCUGGACAAGGGCUCGAAGAUGACGGAGGCGGACAGAGAAAAUCUAUGGAACUUUUGGAUGAACAUGGAGUACCUGUACGGCACGGCGGAGACGUUUGACAACGUGAAGAGCCUGUACCUGUCCUCGGUCGUCUCGAGUAAGCUGGGCAUCGACACUUUCACGGAAAAGUCGAAGCACACGACCGAAGUGCCCAAGUUCCCACUGUACUCGGACGUCGGAGAGGCGUUCAAGAAGUCGGGCUCGACCUCGAAAAGGCAGAUCGCAAACGACUUCAGCGCAAUAGUGGAGAGCAGGAAGAAGCUGUUCUGCUCAGGAGUGUCCUUUGACCACCUGGAUAAAAUAUUUAAGUUCAACGUGCUCCAUCACGAUGCCCCGGAGCCGAAAGGCGCCCAGCUUUCACCGGAGGCGCGAGGGCAUCUGGCUGCCCGGGACAUACUUGGCCCCGUUGCACCUGCGACUGAGGUUAAAAGGGAGUCCGAACACGUGGAAAACGAAGACAGGUUGCCGAGAAAGGAUACGAAGAAGGGAAGGGGCAAGAAGGCAAAGCCGCAGGCCUCGGAAAGGGGAGACGAUGAAGUGGUGCCUGAGGCCACGAGGGCCCACCCCGAGGAGCCAGUGUCGCUGGUAAAGUACGGGACAAGGAUAUCGAGGCCGAACGUCACAAAGCUCUCAGAGAUUGAGCCGAAGAUGACGACGUCCCUGGAGUCGCUGCUGCAGCUGCACGGCUCCAGGAGGCCGAUCAUGCCCCCGAAGUUCAGGACUCUGGACGCCACGAGCACGCCCUGCAAGGCGCUCUUCGACUUCAUAAGGAUCCUGCCCUCCUCCAGGGACAACAAGUUCUCGAACCUGUACGUGAACACGGAGUCGGUUGACUACCUCAUAAGGACCGUGGAGAACAUGGACCUGGACAACGUCGAAGUUGACCAGUACGAGCCACUUCCGAUAAACUUGGCGGCCCAGCUCAAGGAAACGGACGAGACAUUGAACGAAAAGUCCUUUGAGUUCAACCAGGGACUUGAAAACAUUCUGCGUUUCCUGCAGGACAACUCGCAUUUCGAGGACAAACCAGGGAAAAGACAAAGAAUCGCAAUUUAG